GAACCUGAGUCAUAAAAUUUCUGGAAUAAAAAGAUGGGUGGCUACCAUAAAUGACGUAACUUCGAGUUUCUCCAUUUAUGGCUUGAAUAAGAAGAAGAAGGAAGAAAAGAAAAGGGAGGAGCAAGAGCUGGAGCUGGAUUUGAACUUUUCGUAGAUUUUGAACUUUAAAGGUUUGCCUUAUCUCUAGUUUAGUUUGUAUCAUUUCCACGAAUGUCAAAAUGUCUAACUGCCACUUGACGCCCUACAAAAUCGUAGAUGUAUCCAGGGACAAGAGAUAUGGAAUCGUCGCUUCAUCUCUGCAGGAAUUUAUCUCAAAAGCAAGGGACAAGCUUGAUCUAGGAAAUGGCAAUGUGAAAGUUGUUUUGGAAGCAGAUGGGACUGAAGUUGAUGAAGACGAUUAUUUCAGCACUUUGGAAAACAACACCAGUCUGAUGGUUCUCUCAAGUGAUCAGAAGUGGAUGCCAGCAGGUCGUAAUUUAAAUCAUGAUGAUGUUGAUGGAGGACGAGGAAUCAGCAGUCUUCUCUCCCGACUCCAUGGAGACAUCUCACAUGUCUCUUUGCUUGGCGGACCUGAAUUAGAGCUCUUAACUGACAUGGAUCCUGAUAGUCUAACAGACAUCAUUCCUGACAAGACAUUUUUGGAACAGCUAAAAGAAGCAAGUGGUAGAUUUUUGUCCGACAAACGUCAAGCUCAGGACGCCCUGGAUUUGCUCAAAAUUUAUCACAGCAUUACAAAUAUCCAAGAAACUCCCAACAAGCAAGGGAGAGUCCACCAGUAAUGUCCUUUUUCAAUUCCUUUUUACCUUUAUAUCUCACUGAAUCAACCUCACCUCAAGGACGAUCAUGUUCAAAUACCAAUGAAUUUUACAAGUUAAUCUAGUCAAUGAUCCUCAUGCCUAAAGUUUUUUACCUCUUUAUAUGAAACGGUCUAAAUUUUAGGUGAAGUUCAUUUAGUUUUUUUUACAAAGUUUUGCAUAGUGUGCAAAAAAAUACCCAAAGCCUCGUAGAUUAAUCUGGGUAUAUUUAAAUGUCAUGUCUGUUCAACAUUGAUGCUUAAAUUUUCAUUACAAAGCAACAAAGAGAACAUUCCAACACAGUAAAAGUCCUCCAAGGAUAGUUGUUUUUUGAAUGUAUCAUCAUUAGAGUGGAUCAAACAUUUUCAAAUAUGCCUGUCUCUCUUUAGUCUUUUGACUAAAAAAAGUUAAAAUUCAGUAUUUCUGACAACAGAGACAAUCCAUAAAUUAUGCAAGAAGGCAAUAAGUAGCUGCCAUGCAGGUGUUUUAACAGAAGCAGUGCACCCCUGACACACCUAGUAUUGCAUAACAUUCCAACAUUUUUAAAACAAAAUGUGCGUUUUGGGGGGAAAUGAAAACCCGUGAGUCAUACUUAAUCAGAAUAAUUCAAGUGACAGAGCCCUCUUAGUGUUGGAUAAUUGUAAGUGGGUUUUUAAAUUGAAUGGCGGAAAGCCAUAUAAUUAAUAAAGGGUCCCUCAGUAAAAAAUAAUUAAAAUAAAAGAUUAUAUAGGAGUGACCCGAUCAUUGGUGCAUUUAAAGUUUCUUUCACUUUACAUUCCAUAAUUUUUCUAGCCACUGAAGCUCGUGUGCUGAGUCAGAAAACAAUCCAUCUUUCUUUCUCCCCUCUUCAUUUGCUUUGAAAAAAAACUUUCCCUCUCCUCUGUGUCCUUAUCAGACCGAAUAAUUUUUUUCCUUGCAUAAUAUCCUCUUGCAUACCUGUUUGUCCCUAAUGAGCUUCAGUAGCUCGGAAAACUCCGGCCUAUGCUCUCAAAUAAAAUGUAUAACAUCAAGAUUUUGUAUUCUACUUCAUAAUUUUAAUUUAAAUUAUCACUCAUGAAUGUCACUUUAAUUUUCAUGUACAUUUCUUUAUGUUUUAUUUAGUCUGUCAUUUUGUCUGAUUGCAUGUUGUGAACUUUUUGCAAAAAUGGUACCAGAGACACAAUGCUUUUUUAAGUUAACCGUGAGGAAAAUUUGGUGUAAGCUGCCCUACUAGAUAGCCAUUAAAAAAGUUGGCCGGAAUUCUAGGGCAUUAGUGACGGCCUGCAAGAGGCCACACACGUGACCCCUAGCUGCCAAUGGAGAUUGAACUAUGCUUUAUGUAGAGUCGGGAAGCAGCGAUGCUUGUGGAAAUGUAUUUGCAUUGUAUCUCUGCUCCGAAAAUUCAGAACUUCAAAACGAAACCACCAAACAUUGAAUAGAUCUCCCUGAAGGAGACUGCAAACUUUUUUUGAAAUUGUCUUCUAGUAAAUUUGAUGAAACUUGGAAUAUGUUACUCUCCUAAUUAUCCUGAGCUAAAGUCCUCGAGGGUUUCAAGCUUUCAAAGCUUGAAGAUUUCAUGUGCUGAUUUUAAGGUACUUUUCUCUGAAUAAUAGCAUGUCUCAGGCAACACUUUGCCGAAGUUCGGUUUCUGUGUACAGUAAGAUAGAUAGGUGCAAAAGCAGAGCCAAAUUUUUAAGUAAAUUCACUGAUAGCUGAUUGCUGUGAGUAAGUAGUUGGUGCAUGACAUGAGGAAUGAAACAAGGAAUAGACGGAUCAAAACUAUUUCCUCAAAGGAAUAUUUGGUGCACAAAGUAAAUGAGAUGUGUUCUGUCUUAAAUAUAGGUAAUAGAUCUGAACUUCAAUGAUUUUGCAUCAAGGAAAAUCCCCUCCAGAAUUAAACAGUACUCGCUCAAUAUGUCUGCUUAACGGUGUAACCUUCUGUCAAGAUUUUAAGGGGAUCAUGUCGAAAAUAGCAUAUAGAAUCUCGAAGCUCCCGAAGAGGCUUUUGUACAGUAUGAUGAGGAGAGUAACAUACUUAAAUUUUACAACUUUUCCAACUUCUUUUUGAAAAAUACCUUUGAAACAUGGUGUCCAGGACCUGGAUAAAAAUCGAGAAUUAACAGGAUUCAUCAGGGAAUGAAAAAUAUCCGGGAAAAUCAGGAAUUUCUUCUCCCUCCUGACUGAGAUCAAAUUAUUCUUAAAAUUGUUGAUUCGGCUUCCAAGAAAUUGACAAAAAAUGAACAAGAUUUUUUUUUGCAAACUGUUGUAAAAAAUGUUGUUUUUUUUUCAAGAGAAUCUAGAAGAAAAUAAGAGGAAAUCCUAGGUUUUCAUCAGGGAAUUUUUCUGGAAAAAUCAGGGAAAAAUCAGGGGCUUAUCAGGAUAUGGAAAAAAUCAAGAAUUGUAGACACCAUGCUUUGAAGUAUAAAUUAUUUGUACCAAAUUGUUGAAAGGCUAUCAUGAGGAAUUAGUGCUUAAAAUAUGAUAAGAGCCGACAAAGGUGUGUUAAGGAAAAGAAAAAAACUCCAUACUGAAUGUACGAAGAAUUUUUUGUUAUUAAGUUUAGUUAUGAACAGUUUGCUUACAUUGCAGAUUGUAAGAUUGUUUUCAGUGUUGGUCUGAAUUGCCGUGUUCACAUUAAAUGUUCACAUCAGUAACAGAGGAUUCAUUAAAUUGCUGUUUUAAAAAUUAAUGCAAUAAUAAAAACUCGUAUCAAAAAGUGGUAUUGUGCAUGAUAUUUUGACAAGGAAUUUUGUAGUACCUCUGUCUACUGAUCCUCUAGAAACAUCAUCUGCUCUCAGAAUUAGUUCAGUGUUGGUUUUAUGACAGGUUCAGUGUCCCCCCUCCCCCCCCGAAAUUAUUCAUAUUGAAUCGCUAAGUUCAUUUUAUGAAGGGCUAAAGUGCCAAUUCAAUUUGUACUAAAAUUAUCCCCAUGAGUUACAAAAUUUCUUUGAAUAACCCUCAUAAAAACACACAGUUUUAAGUGAGCACGGCUUCAUAAAUAUCAGACAUUACAGUGUUAACAAUUCUUUCAUCUGUAGUCUCAAUUGAAUCAUGAAAUGUGAAAACGGCAGAGUUCCAUUUUUUUAAAAACGACUUCUUUUUUUUCAUUUUCUUAGUUUACUCAUGUAUUUUCUGAAGCACUGCUUGUAAGUGGGGGGGGGGGGGUAGAGCAAUUUUUCAUUCAUUUAUAUUUGUGGAUGUAAGCAGUUAGUUUCAUGUUAAAACGAAUUAAUUCCUCAUCUGACAUUUAUAAUGUCUUCAAGAAAAUUUGGUUGCUUAGUGCUGUAUUAACCUCGAGCCCGCCAAAUUUGGUUGGUUUGAUUGUUGGCUGGUACCAGUUCUUGGGCGUGUUGGAAUCCCUGCUGGGCCCCUCCCUGCAGGAUCCCGAAUUCCUGCAGGAUCGGUUGAGCAUAGUCAUCAAUUGCUAAAAUAUUAAUAACGACACAAAUAAAAUUCUCAGCGACUUAGCGACGCCUCGUCAAAUUAAAUAAAACUAAAAACUUGUAUACAAAGAGAAAUCAAGAGAGGUCCUGGAAGCUAGCAACGAUUCCCUCAGUUUACUCAUGUGAAAACAUCAACGAAUAAAAAUCUGUGAAAGUUUAUAACUAUGCAUUUACGCCGUCAAUUAGAAUAUGUAAAUUUCACUGAGAGCUGAAGUCCAGUGAAUUUAGCAAAAAUCGAAAAAACGUUAAUAUUUGGCUCAAAAAAUGAAUAUACACCUCAAUAAAAAAAUUUCCAAAAAACCAAGGUUGGAAAACUCUCGAUAAAUUUUAUUCCUUCCCUGUGAGAUUAUUUAUUUGCAAGGAAGAAACUAACUGCAUUUUGCAAUUUGGAGCUAUAAAUUCUGGCUCAUCUGGAAAAACACGUACGAGCAUAGGGAAACUAAUGGCACAUACGUUGUUUUUGAACCGGGCCAGAAUUCAUAGUUCCAAAUUGCAAAAUUUAGUCCAAGUAUAUGACCUACAGGACGUCAUUUGCCCCCCACAAAAAAUAAGGUUUUUGGAUCUCUGCCCCCUUUUCACAUCUCAGUUCGAUUUGAAGUUUUAGCCUUGUGAAACUGCCAUUAGAUAGAUUGAUAUGUGUGCUUAGAGAAACUUCCUUCAAUCUGAAUCAACCUCUUAGGGAAUAUUAUUCUCUCACCAAUUAUUAUAAGACCAAUUUUAGUAUCCGCGUAUCAGUAUUACCAUGAUUUAUUUCUAACUUACCGAACACUAACCUAACUUGUGGUCACUCUCUCACCAGAAGUUGAAGCUCAAUUUUUUAUGUCCCAAACAAAUUUCUCUAAGUUAAACAUACGUAUGUUAUUCCCUUUAUGUAUUUGAUUAAAACUCAGCUGAGUGCUCAAAAUCUGAA